UCUUCUAUGUUCAGUUUUUCACGCUGUGUACGUGCGGUCCCGCCGCAGUGCUACACAUUGUCUAUACCAACAUAUUCCAUGUUUCAUCCUUGUCCCCUCAAAUUCAAUUUACCACUUCAGAUCUACAUCAGAUCUACAUUCAAUAAAGAUUACCAAUAAUUAUUGAAUAUGGUUAUACUUGCUGUUUUUCAAACAGUACAGUAAAUUGAAUUUACACACCAAGGAAACAUGGCUACGGGAGGGCUCCCCUUACCACGGAACGGUGAUUCCCAGAACGAGAUUGAAGAAACCAACACCUCUACCAAGGAUAAACGUGAUGUUAUCUUGAGUGAAAAAGGACUCUUAGCAUUUGAAGAAGAAAGUUCCAAAUAUAAAAAACCUAUAUUCGAAACAUGGGGGAAAGUUGAGAAAUGCAUUUUACGUGUGCAAAAAUGUGACAGAACCAUUGAACAAUAUCAAAUCUUACAGAGUGAUAUAGAGAACACAUUCAGUGAGUUUCACAACAGUAUUAAACAGUACCUUGUCUUUCUACAAAGACACUCCAGAAGUGAACAAGGUAAAAGCGAGAUAAAACGAUGUACCGAGGACUUUGAAAAAGGAAAGUCAGUGGUUUACAAAGCCUUAGACAACGUUAAAGCUGCAAAAUUAGACCUCUUAGAAACAGCCUCAGAAAUAUCAACAACCAGCACUGAGAGGAAAAGAAGAAAAGAGCGGAAGUUGGAAAUAAUGAAAAAAGAAGCUGAGCUAAGAAAACAGAAACUUCGCCUUGAGGAAGAUGAAUCAAUACGUAUAGCUGAAAUGAACAGAAAAAAGUGUGAGUUAGACAUUGACUUAGAUUUACUGAAACAAGAACAGAGUGCUAGUGAUGAUGAACUUUCAAUGGAGCAAGACCUUGCGGACAUUGAGAGAGAAAGUUCAGGGCAGCGAACACAGAAGUUUGUGGAAAACAUCCCUUCCAAUCCUGUUGAUGUCCAGAUACCCACAACUGAAUCGCCUCAUGUGCUAUCUGAAAUGGCCCUGCUUAUGAUUAAAAAGCAAAUGCUUCCUGAACGUUUUUCAAACUUUGAUGACUCGCCAGAUUCGUACAAUGCCUGGAAGGAAACAUUUACCAAUAUUAUCAGUGAACUAAAAGUUUCCUGUAAUGAGGAACUUGAGUUAAUGUUAAAUAGACUCACUGGCAAUUCCAAACUUACAGCAAUUGGAAUUCGCAAUGCAAAUCCUGGUAAACCUAAGGAAGCACUUCAAAUAAUCUGGAAAAGACUUGAUGAGAUGUACGGGAGACCAGAAAUGAUCGAAGCGUCUAUACGUCACCAGCUAGAAAACUUUCGACCAGUGACAUCAGCUGAAAACAAACGCCUGUAUGACUUGUUAAACAUUCUCAUUAAGAUAGAAUCACUGAUGGCCAAUUCAACAUUUUCUACAAGUCUAUCGUAUUUUAACUCGUCAAUUGGAGUGAAUCCUAUCAUCAACAAAUUACCAUUUCACCUGCAGGAAAAAUGGAUCGCCAAAGCCUCCAAUUACAAAAAGUUAAACAAAGUGCCGUUCCCACCAUUUUCAUAUUUUGUGACAUUUGUACAUGAAAUGAGUGAAAUCAGAAAUGAUCCGGCAUUUGUAUUCGCCAACAGCCGACAACCAGCUCUCAAGAGACCGGUAUACUCCAAAAAGUCUGAGGUGUCAACAGACAACAACAACAACGCCCGCUGUCCAUAUCAUAAGGCAGAUCAUAGCAUUCAUGAUUGUAGAGCCUUCCGUGCAAAACCGUUCUUUGAACGCAAGAACUUCUUGCAAAGCAAAAACAUUUGUACUAGAUGUUGCACCUCAACUAGUCAUACAGCAAAAGACUGUCAAGUCAAAAUCCAAUGCACUGCUUGUGGGAGUGUUUAUCAUACGACUGCUUUGCAUAUAAACAAAGGUCCAUCAUCAAGCCCAAGCAUGCAUGGCGGGGAGAAAAUGUACAACUCAGCUCUACAAACCAUGAAGUCAGAAACAGACAACAUAUCGCUUGUACCUAUGAAAGCUUCAACAAACACUAGUGUCAAGUGUACUACAUUCUGUGGCGACCAUUAUCAAGGCAGAUCAUGCAGCAAAAUUUUCCUUGUGGAUGUAUUUCACACAGACUAUCCAAACAACAUGUAUCGUGUUUACGCAAUCGUGGAUGACCAAUGCAACCAGUCUCUUGCAUCUCCAGAACUAUUUGAUGCCUUGAACAUUAUGUCCUCACCCAUUCAUUACACUUUGACAACAUGUAUGGGAAAGACAGCCCAAAAUGGUCGGCAAGCACAUAGUAUGAAGAUACGAUCAUUGGACACAGCUGUGACAAUGGACCUUCCUCUUCUGAUGGAAUGUGAUGACAUCCCUAACGAAACCUCUGAAAUUCCUACACCAGAAGUUGCUAAGAGCUACCCUCACCUUCUCAGAAUUGCAUCUAGUAUACCUGAGUUUGAUGUGAAUUCAAAAAUACAGCUCCUUAUUGGUAGAGACUUGAUUGAGGCCCAUCACAUUGAAGAGCAGAUCACUGGACCUCGAGGGGAACCAUUCGCUCAAAGACUUAGUCUUGGUUGGGCUAUAAUUGGUGAAGUUUGUCUCGGUAAACUUCAUAGAAGAACCUCCGUGAAUGUCAACAAAGUGUCUAUUCUCAAUGAUGGUAGAGUUACGUGCAGUCAACCGUGUCAGAACAACAUUGAUGUGAAAGAGCAAACACUUGUGUCUAACUAUAUAAUUGGUGAGCGUGACUUUCAAUUUCAUGGUGAAGAUGUCUUCGUGAAGACCCCUGAAGAUGAUUGUACUGGUUUAUCGGUAGAAGACAGACUAUUCCUAAAGUUGAUGGAUAGAACAUUCACUAAAGACAAGGACAGCAUGUGGACUGUACCUCUUCCUUUUCGAGAGAACCAACCUGAUCUUCCUAACAACAGACCUCAGGCAUUACAUCGAGCUCAGAUACUACACAACAGUUUACAGAGAGAUACAGAAAAGAAGAGACAGUUUGUGAAAUUCAUGGAGAAAGUUCUAAACAGUGGAGCAGCAGAAAUUGCGCCACCUCCAACAAGCACAGGUUGCUGGUACCUACCUUUGUUUGGCGUUCGUAACCCAAAGAAACCAGAUCAAAUAAGAGGCGUUUUCGACUCGUCAGCUAAGUAUGGUGGAGUUUCCCUCAAUUCAGUACUCAUGUCUGGUCCAGACAUGAUCAACAGUCUUCUUGGGAUUUUACUUCGCUUUAGGAAGGAUGAGGUGGCGAUGGCAGCAGAUAUAGAGCAGAUUUUUUUACCGAUUUCGUGUUGA